UCCGCGGACGCUCCCCCGGCUCAUGUCAGCCCCUCGGAGCCGCUUCUGAGGCUGCGCCCAGCCCUCGAGAGCCGCCGGACCCCGCAGGCAGCAUUCGGCUACCACUGAGCCGGCCAUGGGACGCCGCAGCCCCGCCAGGAUGGGCUGAGGAUGGGCUCCGGACGGUGCUGCCGGGAGCCGCUGCUGUCGAGGAUGCUCUGGGCAGCCGCGCUGUUCCUGCAGGCGGCGCUGUUGUGCGCCGGGGGAGCGCGCAGUUGUCCGGCGCAGCUGCGCGGCUGCAAGUGCGUGGCCGAGAGGGCCAAGGGGCUGCCCAUGCCCAGCGCGGCCAGGAAGCGGGUCAGCUGCAGCGGCGAGGAGCUGAUGGAGCCGCCGGCGCCUCGCCUCUUGCCCAACGGCACCGGCACCCUGGUUUUGAGCAACAACAAGAUAGCAACUCUGAAGAAUGGCUCUUUCUUUGGUCUGCACGCUCUCCAGAAGCUAGACCUAAGGAACAAUUUGAUAAGUACCAUCCAGCCUGGAGCUUUUCUGGGUCUCUCCGAUCUGAAACGUUUGGACCUCUCCAACAAUCGCAUUGGCUGUCUCGGUUCAGGCAUCUUCCAAGGAUUGGGCAGCCUCACCCGACUGAACGUGUCAGGGAAUAUUUUUUCUGGCCUCCAGCUCGGCAUCUUUGAUGAGCUGCCAUCUCUGAAAAAUCUUGACUUUGCCACCGAAUACCUGACAUGUGACUGCAACAUGCGCUGGGUGCUGUCCUGGUCCAAGAACCGCUCCGUCCAGAUCUCUGACAAGACCGUGUGUGUCUACCCCAGCACCCUGCAUGGGAAGCCGCUGCGGAACACCAAGGAGAACCAGAUGCACUGCGAAGGUGUCCCAGAGCUGCACACCCACCAGCUGAUCCCCUCCCUACGGCAAGUGGUCUUCCAGGGGGACCGCCUCCCCUUCCAGUGUACAGCCACAUACCUGGACAACAGCACACACAUCUUGUGGUACCACAACCGGGCACUGGUGCAGGGGGAUGAGCUCAGCGGCAUCAUUGUGGAGGAGAGCCUGGUCCAUGAUUGCACCUUCAUCACCAGCGAGCUCAUCCUGUCCAACAUCCAUGUCUCAGCCAGUGGCGAAUGGGAGUGCACUAUCACCACUGCGCAGGGCAACGUUAGCAAGAAGGUGGAGAUUGUGGUCCUAGAGACAUCGGCGUCGUACUGCCCAGCUGAGCGGGUCACCAACAACCGUGGAGAUUUCAGGUGGCCGCGCACCUUGGCUGGCAUCACUGCAUACCAGUCGUGUCUACAGUACCCCUUCACCUCUGGGAAUGGGGGUGCCGGUCUGGAAAAGCAGGCAUGCCGGCGCUGUGACCGCACCGGCCGCUGGGAGGAAGGAGACUAUUCCCACUGCUUGUACACCAAUGACAUCACCCGCGUCCUCUACACCUUUGUGCUGAUGCCCAUCAAUGCCUCCAAUGCUCUGACCCUGGCCCACCAACUGCGUGUCUACACGGCUGAAGCUGCAAACUUCUCAGACAUGAUGGAUGUCAUCUAUGUCUCUCAGAUGAUAGAGAAGUUCACCGGUUACGUUGACCAGAUUAAGCAGCUCACGGACGUCAUUGUGGAGAUGGCAAGCAACAUGAUGCUGGUGGAGGACCACGUCCUGUGGAUGGCUCAAAAGGAAGACAAGGCGUGCACCAGUAUUGUCCGCUCGCUGGAGAAGGUCGCCACCUACACCCUCAGCACCAACUCGCAGCACAUGGCUGUGAACUCCAGGAAUAUUGCCUUCGAGGCCUACCUGAUCAAGCCAGAGAGCUACAUGGGCCUCAGCUGCACUGCUUUCCAGAAGCACGAAGCAGGGCUCAGCAGUCGGCCCCCACGGCAGGAGCGAUAUGCCGAGUCCUUCCUGGACCAGCAGCUAAAGUUCCGGUGCACCGCCGGCCGGCCCAACAUCUCCCUGGCCAGCUUCCAUGUCAAGAACAGCAUUGCUUUGGCCUCCAUCCAGCUUCCUCCUGGCCUCUUCACCCCGCCGGCCUCUCCUCAUCCCCUGCCUCUCAAAUGCAAGCUCCAGUUCCUCGUCUUCCGCAACGGGAAGCUCUUCCGCAGCACCGGAAACUCUUCGCAUCUCGCCGAUGACGGCAAGCGGCGCAGCGUGGCCACACCGGUGAUCUACGCAGGCACACAUGACUGCGGAAUAAGCAACCUCACCGAGCCUGUCGCCAUUUCGCUGCGGCAUCUUGGCAAGGGGACGGACCGCACGGCCGCUUACUGGGACUUCGACGUGCUGGACGGUUACGGGGGCUGGAGAGCCGAAGGCUGCCAACUGGUUGCCCUGGAGCCCAAUGUCACCACUGUCAUCUGCCAGCACCUCAGCAACGUUGCGGUAUUGAUGGAGCUUAGCAACUUCCUGGGUGAGUCCUCCAGCCCGGCUGAGGUGCUGUACUCUGUCAUUUAUACCUGCACAGCCCUCCUCCUGCUGAGCCUCUUUGCUACCAUCAUCAGCUACAUCGUGCAUCACAGCGCCAUUCACAUCUCGCGGAAGUGCUGGCACCUGCUGCUCAACCUCUGCUUCCACAUUGCCAUGACCUCAUCCGUGUUUGCAGGUAGCAUCACCCUGACCAACUACUUGGUCAUCUGCCAAGCGGUUGGCAUCAUUCUCCACUACUCUUCCCUGUCGACUCUUCUGUGGAUGGUGGUAAUGGCUCGAGUGAUCUACAAAGAGGCGACAUGGAAGGCUCCACAGCAACCAGAAGGGGAGGCAUCCCAGCCACCCCCACGGCCAAUGCUACGAUUCUACCUGAUUGCCGGCGGGAUCCCACUGAUCAUCUGUGGGAUUACAGCUGCUGUCAAUAUCCAUAAUUACGGAGACCAUGAUUCUUACUGCUGGCUGGCCUGCAGGCCAAGCAUCGGGGCCUUCUACGUCCCCGCGGCCUUCAUUGUGCUCCUCACCUGGAUCUACUUCCUCUGUGCCGGCAUCAGCUUGCAGCGCCAAGCCAAGAACGCCAAAGCAGCGCCCGAGCCCCUGGAAGCCCCACAGCGCCUGGGUGGCGGCGGCGGUGGCGGCAGCAGCAACUUCCUGACCGACUCCGGGUCCAUCUCCGUCACCCUCCACUCCAGCCCACACGGCGUCGAGGCGGAUGGCGUCUACUCCCUGGGGGUGCAGUUCUGGGCGCUGGUGAUCACCCACUUCCUGUCCGUCACUCUGUGGGCCUUUGGGGCCCUGGCCGUGUCCCAGCACUGGUCUCUCCUGAAGGUCCUGUUCAGCUGCCUCUACGGAGUCACCGCCCUGCUCCUGGGCCUCUUUGUCUUCGCGCACCACUGCGUCCGGCGCGGGGACGUGCGCAGCUCCUGGUUUGCCUGCUGCCCCUCCUACCGGCAUGCUCUGCCCAUGCAGGCCUACGGGCAGCCGGGGACCAGGGCGGAGGACGGCUCGCAGGUCUUCAUCGGCGGCAGCCCGGAGGCGGCGCCCUCUGCCAAGUCCUCGCCCUCCCCCAGCAGCACCAACUCUGCCCCCAGUCCCUGCAAGCUCACCAAUCUGCAGGUCGCCCUCGGCCAGGCCGAGGGCCACCCCCUGCCGCCCGCCGGCUCCGAGGAGGCGGAGCCUUCCGGCGGCAAGAACGCCCACCCCGCCAGGUACGCCAACAACCUGCACGGGCGCAGCCGGCACCACAAAAGCAGGACUAAGCAGUACCGGGAAGGGAAGCACCAGCAGCGCCUGAAGGCAGCCCGGGGCCCCUCCUCGGAGCACCCCACCAGCGAGAGCGGCAGCCUCCACAACAGCCACUCGGAGAGUUACCAGAGCAGCCGGAACAGCCCCCUGAACAAUCAGCGCCAGGCGGCGCUCCCGAGCUUGGAGUCGCCGCUGACCCAGUCCGACCUGAGCGACGGUGGCGGCAGCAGCCGCCACCACCACCACCAGGGGGCAGACUUUGGCAGUGCCCAGCGGAGGAGUGCCAGCAGGGACAACCUCAAGCACCAGGCCAACGCCACCGCCGCCGCUGCCACCCUGGAAAAAGAGAGUAAGAGGCGAUCGUUCCCCCUCAACGCAGCCAAUCAGAACGGGGCCCUGAAGGGCAGCAAGUACGACAUGAACCUCUCUGGCGCUGACAGCGCGGCCAGCAUGAAAACCGGGCUCUGGAAGAGCGAGACCACGGUGUAGGACGUGGGAAAGAUCUCCAUGCGGUCCAGACGCUGCAGGGAUCUCGUCAGCGGGGCCUGCAAGGCGAGCUUGCGGAGGUAGUUCUUAUGCACUAAACGGGCUUGGGUGGCACUGGCAGAAGCUAGCCCGCCUGCUGCAAAGGGGAAGGUUUGCCUGGUGCAAAGAGUGGGGAGGGGACUUGCCGGUGGGCUUAGGAAGCACUCACCGGGUCCCCCACAUUCGAGGCACCGCCAGGUUUGCCCAGGGAACCUUCCCCUCACCCCAGAAGCGGCAGAGGACCCUGAAACGCCAAGGUUAUAAGGUGAAGGACAAUCAUGGAGCAUCCUGGGGGUAUUGCAAUCUAUCUUAAUCCUUUCUGCAUGUCACUUGGAUCCUAGACGCUUUGUAUGACACACAGCGGAGGGCCAGGUCUGUAAGCUGAAAUCUCUACUAUUGUAGUGUAUAGGCCAUAUGUAUAGGCCAGACACUAGCCAACUAAAGUGCCUGCUCUUGACACGAAGCAAUCCGUGGGUAUAAGGGAGCAAGACUUUCCCACCCCAGCACAGGGUGGGGAAUUGGCUCAGGGCCCAUUCACACCUGUCUUCGAGUCCGUGAACCAAAUUGAUGCAUGCUGAGAUUGUUUCAACGCAGCUGGGUGCGUUCCAGAUUACAUGCUACAACAGGGGUAAAAUGCUUCGACUUGGCAGGAUCAUAUUCAAAACGAUCCCCAGAAUCUCAAACUCUACAACGGGAAAAUACAGCUAUUUUUCUGCAAUGGACUUGCAACGUCAUAGCACUAGAACACAAAGAUACAAUCUGAAAUAAAGCAUCAGAAAUGUGAACGGUACCUUGCUCUCUGUGCAGGGGCUGUGGUGUCACAACACAGGAAGUACGGAAGCACACUUAGCAGAUCCGUAGUCACUCUGGCGUAGGGUUUAAUCUGGAAAGCGCCCUGGAGAGGUGGGUGGUGGUUUUUAAGAGAAUUAAUGGUGGUAAGACAGAGGAAUCGUGUCCAUGGUGUGCAGACUCCUUAUUUCCUCUGUCCCACUUACCUAGUUCUCACAAAUGUGAGCUGUGUCUGGGCACAUGAGUAAUCCCACUGAUAUCAAUAGGAUAAGUAAACUUGUCCCAUUGAUUUAAAUAAGACUGCAUAUGAGUAACUUAAUCUGGGUGUAAACCAGUGACUGGAGUAUCUCAUCUCAUUACCACCAUAGUUAAGUAUGUGUGUGGAACAUAGAACCAUAGGAAGCUGCCCUAUCCCAAGUCAAACCAUUGGUCCAUCUAGCUCAGUACUGUCUACACAGACUGGCAGUGGCUUCUCCAAGGUUGCAGGCGUCACUCUCAGCCCUAUCUGGAGAUGCUGCCAAGGAGGGAACUUGGAACCUUCUGACUGCAGAUGCUCUCCCCAGAGUGGCCCCAUCCCUCAAGGGCAGGCCUGCUCAACUUAGGCCCCCACAGCUAUUUUUGGACUACAACUCCCAUAAUCCCCAGCCACAGUGGCCAAUAGCAAGGGGUUACGGGAGUUGUAGGCCAACAUCUGCAGAAGGGCCAAAGUUGAGCAGCCCUGCCUAAGGGGAAUAUCUUACAGUGCUCACGCAGGUAGUCUCCCAUUAAAAUGCAAACCAGGGUGGAUCCUGCUUAGCAAAGGGAAUAAUUCAUGCCUGCUACUUAUGUAUGUGUGCGCAUACAUACAUAAAAACAUCAUCUUAAGUGUUCCAACUAGGGAGUCAACUUCAGUCCCUGGCUCACAUCCACACUAAGCUACUCACAUAAGGAGUCUCGUUGAAAUUAAUGGAACAAGUUUGCUUUUCCUAGUCAUGCCAAUGAGUGUGCUUAGUGCUAAUUUCCCGAAGCCUGUCAGUCAGGCUGAGGGGAGGGGCAUGCUGAGCUUCAGCGUGUAGUCCUCCAAUCGGAAGCAGAGGAGGGCCUUCACCCUCCUCCCUCCCCUUCUGUCGGACUCAGCUUCAAGCCAGCGAUCCUCAGAUGGGGAACAGCUAGAGCGGCUGCAGUGUGUGGAGGCAGGAGGGCUUCAGGUCCCCCUCAGGGAUACUAAUACCCCCUGCUGGAAACCCCGAUUUAGCAGCUGAAAGAGGACUAAAACUAGAUUUCCAUGCAACUGCUUUAGAACCGACUGAGAACUCAUCCUCAGAGGCUCACAACAUGGUGUUCAGGAUACCUUGGGUACGUGAUAAAUAUUCUUUUUAAGUGCCUUUGGGACAUUCCCUUUUAUUUUUAUUUGUUUCACAUGUAUGUUUUGGAUGUUCUGCCAAUCUGUUCGAGCCAUUGAACAACAGAUGAAGACUAUUGUGGCUGGGAUGGUAGAAGCUGUAGUCAGGUGCGCAGGGAGGCCAGCGGCGGCUUGGGUGCUGCUCCGCCGCGGCCUCCCCCAGCCCCGCCCCCUGCAUCUGUCAGACACAGGGAGUUUAGCCCCGCCCCCACCCGCAUCAGACGCGGGGGGUGAUUUGGGGGCGCGUUUGGAGCCACAAGGAGUGGCCCCUGAGGUGCGGCGGCCCGGCAUCUUUGAACCUGUUCGCCCCAUGGUGGCUCCGCCCCUGGCUGUAGUCGAACAGCAACUGGGGACCAUUGCCCUAGGCAUCAGUCUUCACCCAGUGGGCAUUGUUCUCUGCAAUAUAGUUUCAGAGACUGUUGAAACAGAACUCCAGUCAUCUCCAGCCAAAGGCCAUUGCAGCCGGUGAUGCUGGGAGUUGUCGUCGGCAACAUCUGGGCAUCCCGAACACUGACCCACAGCCUGAUGAAGUGGAAGGCUGUUGCACUAGGCCAGGGUUCUUCCAUGUUGGGUCCCUAGAUGCUGUUGGAAUGCCAACAAGCAGUUUGGGCCGACUUCCCAACCUGUGGUACUCCAGAUGUGGCUGAACUUCAAUUCCCAUAAUCCUCUGCUACACUGACAGGCAGCAGCUUCCAACAUUUCAGGCAGGAAUCUCUCCCAGCCCUACCUGGAGAGGCUAGGGAUCGAGCCCAGGCCCUUUAGCAUUAUGAAGCAGCUACCAUGAGUUCCAUGCAUCCGUCCAGCCUCAAGAUCUGAAGCCACACAGCAAGGUAUCCUCCCCCUCCCGCAAAGGCAACUACUUUUGCCACCUCUGAGUCAGAAAUAUUUAGCCCGAUGGGUUACAGAACUACCCAAGUCAUUUUUGUUCUUAAGAAGCCAUAGUGAAAAUUGCUCAGAUCCAGAGCAGCAGGUACAAGUGGCUCAGACAAAUGCUAUAUGUGUGUUCGAAACAACCUCUCUGAGCUGGACUUACUUCUCCUCAGUGGCACAUCCUAUGUUAAAAGUGCCUUUUCUGCAAGAGUCUUUUCUGAGUGUAGCUUGCUUCUAUACAAAACAUCAAGAUCAUUCACACAGUCAAAAACUGGGCUGUACCUGGGUAUGGGAGCUGCAUGUACUCCCAAUUUUUGGUUGAGUGGAAGCAAGGUAAGCGGAAAACCUGGGUUGAAGUGAUGGUGUGGAAACCAGGUAGGAGGAAAAGCUACCCAGGUUUUCCGCCUACCUUACUUCCACAAAAUCACUUCUACCCAAAUUUUUCUCUGGAACAAACACCAUUUGACUGGUAGAGAAUGAGAUCGCCCCCAACAGAAGUCCUGUCUUGAAGGAGGACGCAUGCACGGGUACUGUAAAUGAGAAACAAAUGUCUAUGUAGUCCACAGAGACUGAAAAAAACCUUGCCGUAUCCGGCUUCCUUGCUUCUGGUGGGGAUAAUGGGAGUUGUAGUCGAACAUCAUCUGGGGACCCAAGUUUGAGAGCCCUGCGUAUAUGGCCUCACUCGAAAUCAAGCGUGCCAGGUUUAUUUUAGAGAGGCGCAGAAAGAAGUCCUUUACACUUGGCACAAUGCUAAUGCCUCCCCAUACAGACAAGAGCCAUUUGUAGCUUCCUUGUCCACACAAAAGCUACCUCUGAGAACAUGAGGGGAUUGCUUUGCCUGUUGUGCACUGCCGGGGGCCAGAAACUCAAAGAGGUAGCCUCCUCCUGCACAGUAUGAGAGGAUGCUUUUCGGCAUCUUCCUAUAUCACUGCUGCCUGAUAUAGUACCAGCAGGGAUUCAAACUGGCAACCUUCUGCUGGUUAGUCAAGCAUUUCCCCGCUGAGCCUUUAGGUGGCUAUAAAGCACUUAAUCCCCCUCCCCAACCCAUUAAUCUUCCAAAACUCCCUCUUUUAUAGAUUUAUACAUGCUUCCCUCUGUCUAGCGGUCUCCUUUUCCCUUUCUAUGAAAAUGCCUUCUCGAUUUAUAUGUUUUGUAUUUAAUAGAGCCUAAACCAUUUAUAUGUCAUUACUGCAACCCACAUGCUAUUGGUGAUGCUGAACUUGUUAUGUAUGCCUGCUACACUGAAACAGUAUUAUUGGGAAAAGCUUUGUAUUAUUACCCUUCUUUUUGUUGUCUGUUUACAUUACAAGCUAGUGACAUAUCAAACGGAGCUUUUUGGAGCAACAACUGUGCCAAAGAAAGCAUUUUUUUAAAAGUGUUUUUGUUUUGUUUUUGCAUAUAAAUGAACCAUUUCUAGCAGAUGUUUCUUGUUUAAUAUAUUAAAGAGAUUUGCAACAUCC